AUGAAGUUCUUCGCCGCCGCCACCCUCGUCUCGGGCCUCUUCGCCACCGCCGCCUCGGCCAUCGACCUGCACCUCGAGUUUGCGGGCGGCUGCAGCACCAGCGGCGGCGGGUAUAUCUGCCGGGGAUGGAACCCCAACACUUGCUGCAGCGUCAACGCGGGCACCUAUUUCGGCAGCGGCUCGUUCAGAGCCAUCCCGCGCAACUGGAACAUCCAGGCGCGUGGCCACGCCGGGCCCAACUGCGGCUCCAUCCGCGAGCAGCAGGACAGCGCCGGCCGCGACUACGUCUGCCUCGGCAACGGGCCCUUUGGCGGGCUGGGUUACGGCUUCAACAACAAGAAGAUGAUCCGCGGCGCGACCCUGGACGCCCGCGAUGACGAGGAGACCGAAGGCUGCGCCCAGCCGGACAUCCUGUACCUCGCCGACGGCACCCAGUACAACUACACCGCCAUUGCCGAGACUGGCCAGGCCACCGAGGAGGUCGUCUCGCUUAUUGAGGCCGGUGCAUCGGCCGACGACAUCCCCAGCUUUGAAGCGUUCAAGCUUGAGGAAAAGCUCGUUCUGUGA